UCCCCAUCGCCCCCUCAGCCCCGGGGCGGCUCCCGGCUCCUCGCUGCCCUCUCCCCGCUGCCGGUGCCGGUGGCGGUGGCGGUGGCGCAGGAGCCGGGGGCGGCCGCCCCUCACGGCGCGCUCGGGCGCCGCCGCCUCCCCGCCCCGCCGCCGCCAUGGCGGAGCGGAGCCGCGGCGCCCGGCGGCUGCUGCCGGUGCCGGUGCCGCUGUUGCUGGUGCUGCUGCUGCUGCUCCUCAUGGCCGGCUCCACCGCCAGCCCGGCGGACGAGGGCGGCGGAGGGCGGCGGGAGGCGGGCGGCGGGGAGCCGGGCGACGAGGCGGCGCCCCACGACUCCUCGUACGGCACCUUCGCCAGCGAGUUCUACGACCUGCGCUACCUCUCCGAGGAGGGUUACCCGUUCCCUACUGCACCUCCUGUGGAUCCAUUUGCAAAAAUCAGAGUGGAUGACUGUGGAAAAACUAAGGGAUGCUUCAGGUAUGGUAAACCUGGAUGUAAUGCAGAGACCUGUGACUAUUUCCUGAGUUACCGGAGGAUAGGAGCUGAUGUUGAGUUUGAGCUGAGUGCCGAUACGGAUGGCUGGGUGGCAGUGGGGUUUUCUUCAGACAAGAAAAUGGGUGGAGAUGAUGUCAUGGCUUGUGUCCAUGAUGACAACGGAAGAGUCCGAAUACAGCACUUCUAUAACGUAGGCCAGUGGGCUAAGGAAAUCCAGAGAAAUCCUGCCAGAGAUGAAGAAGGGGUUUUUGAAAACAAUCGUGUAACUUGUCGGUUCAAGCGUCCCGUGUAUGUUCCCCGAGAGGAAACGAUCGUAGAUCUGCACUUGAGUUGGUACUACCUGUUUGCGUGGGGUCCAGCCAUUCAGGGUUCUAUAACUCGUCAUGAUAUAGACUCACCACCUGUAUCAGAGCGUGUGGUCAGUAUUUACAAGUACGAAGAUAUUUUCAUGCCAUCAGCUGCCUAUCAGACCUUUUCUUCUCCAUUCUGCUUGCUCCUCAUUGUUGCACUGACCUUCUAUUUAUUGAUGGGAACCCCGUGACCUCUGGAAAGUAGCAAGGAUUUGUCAGUGGAAGUUUCUCAGGAUGGACGGAUACACGGAUGGAUGAUGCGUUUUUUAUUGGGAUUUAUAUCACGCCACCAUCAUCAUCUCGCUGCUUUUGGACAUAGUUAGCUUCUCAGAAGAAGGAAGUAACCAUUUCUGAGCGGCAGAGUGGUGACAAAUCAUUUAAGAAUAAUCAGUGAACAGUAGGAGAAUGUUUUCAGUGUUGUGACUACUCACUUAAAGAAGAAAAGACUUUUGUAAAAUGAAUGUGUGUGUGUGCACGCGUGUGUGUAUGUGUGUUUGGGAGAGGUGUCUGUGUGUGUGUUCAGGAGAGCCUAGUGAUGGACAUCUUAUCAAGUAACAAAAUUGCCUUCCAUACUGCUCCCAGAAAGCAAAUUUGGGAAAACAUUAUAGUGCUGUUUGGUAAUUCUGGUGCAUACAGAACAACUCCCAGGUGCAGUUUCUGAACUUAAGAUCAGAAUACUGACACUGCAGUUUAAAACUUAACCUUCAGUAAUUCCAUUUUUUAAUUUAUUUUUUUAAUAUUUAUCAAGGUUUUCUUGCUCUGGUACUUUCCAAGACUAAACUUGCAUAAUCAAGCAUGAACAGGAUUUUUCUUCAGUAUAGAAGAAGCGAUGAAUGUCUUCAUAACAAUAGUGUUUCAGCAACCUUCCUGAAAAUAAAGGCUACUUCUUUUAUGAGUGAGAUAUGAAGUUAUUUAAAUAAGGGGAAGGGAGAAUGCAGUUAUUUAAAUUCCCCAUCCAUAGGAAAAACAAGUUUAAAACACAGAGAAGUUCCCAACAAGCCAUAGGAUAUCCUCCCAGUCGAUGAACUCCUUUUUUCUCUUUUUAUGACAAAGCAGUGAUAUUGCUGACAUGUAAAUAAUGUUUUUAAGUAGUUGUGCAGUAGUACCGAGAAACAUGUUUUUUUUUUUUCCUGUGUUGUAUGCCUGUAUAUCCUGUUCAUGUUAAAGACGAAUAUGGGCAGCUGAUGCGUGCUUAUAAAGAAAUGGAAAUAUAAGAGAUUAUUUGUAAGGAGAGAUGGGAAUUAAUAAAAAGAUCAGUAUCUUUAAUUUCAUCAAAUCAUUGCUAAAAUGAAGUUACUGUAGAAAAAGAUGGUCUGAAGAGGAAAUACACCAGAAAUUUUAUCACCAAUAAAUGCUGUAAAGAUGAAUGCUAAAUCUUAUCAAACUGGAAAGUGUCAGAAUGUAUUUUAUGAGCCAUAUAAUACUCUGAAAAAAUGUGAGUUUGUGUGGAGAUUUUCUGUGCUUCGUUAGCAGGAAGCGUAUGACACAUCCAUGGAGCAGUUGAAUGUGCUUGGAUAAGGUUGCUUGCUUACUUCCCAACUUGCAUCAUUGCACCAAAACUCUCUCUAAUGUUGUGUGCUUGAGGACUCUGUAAUGCAGGAGCUGUUAAAAUACGCAGUGGACCUCCUUUGUAUUUUCGUUGCUGCAUAGAGUGUAAAAAAAGGAACUAGCUUUGCUGGGUUUGCACCAUUAUUCACAGACUGAGGCUAAUAGACAUAUUUUUUUUAGGCUCUGCAUUCUUGAAACCUAUGCUUUAAGUAUUUAAAAAUAGGUUUGAAAAGGAAUUUGUCUCCAUCACAAACCCCUUGCCCCCAUUUUAAAAGAAAGCUUACUUUGUAAUAUGUGAUACUUGCAUUGAUGUCUUUAACGAGUUGUUUGCCUAAAAUUGCUGGACCUGGAGUUCAGGAGGGGAGAGAGGAAUUCAGAGGGAAAUAAACUUGACAAGUGUAUACAGUAGCUUACUUAGUAUAAAUUACCUCUUGCAAGCUGAAUAACCAACUCAUUAUCUGAUAAAAUAUUUAGUGGAAACCACCUGAUGGGAAGGUCAAGCUUUGGACCAUCAUGGCUGUAAAAUUUGGGCAUAAGAGCGGCUGAAGCAGAGAGCUGAAGUCAUGGUUAAUGAGUUUUAUAUUAAGCAACCAGCUGAAGUGAAGAAAUUGUUCAGGCAAAUUCCUUCUCCUUUAUGCUAAAGCGUAGGCAGUUGCGGGAGCUGAGAUACCACAGCUCCUUCUCAGAGAUUGCAGCUAUUUAAAGUAGCUUCAGGGUUGCUUUGGUUUAUGGCCUUGUAAUUUACUGGUUUAGUUUCAGGCGUUUCCCUGAUUACCCACUAAAAGACUAAUUUAAUAAUCGAAAGGUACUGAAGUACGAUAGAAGCCCAUUUGGGCUCCUCUUCACUUCUUUAACACAGUGCUGGAUGCAAGGCAGCCUGGCUAGACCUGGGCUCAGAGGUACGUUAAAGAUGACAGUAAUGAUACCAAGGUAAACGUACAACACACACGUGGAGCUGCUUUCCACUGCGAGGCAGCCCACUGGGAGUCAGAGCUGCUUCAAGGUUGAAAGUUCAGGCUCUAAAGCAACAGCGAAUUCAGAGCUGAAGCACAGCCACUUACGGAGAUACCCAGUGCACAGCAGAAACUGCUUCAGGCCCCAGCUGUACCAAGUGCUAAAUCAGGGGAGAAAUACAGUUUCUUUCUUUUUUCUUUCCUUUUUUUUUUCUUAUUUUUUUUAAGGGUUACUUUUAAGUGUGCUGCCUGGUGGCUUUGUUGUACUUUUCUCUUUUUGAAGUAUAAGCAGAAAUGUGCACUUCUAAAAAAAAAAAAAAAUCUUUGACCCAAACUUCAAAGGACCUAAUUAGCACUAAUUAAGCGUCUCUAAUCAAAUGGGAGGAAAUAAAAGUCCACAACAAGCAGCAAGGCAAUCUGUUACUUGGCGUUUAAGUUGAUGAUUGAGUUUAGCUUUGUUACUACUCUCCAGUAAACUGUUCUCAAAUUUUAGGUACUACUUCAUACAUCUGAGAAAAGCUACAAUUCUUUCUCUAAAUGCUUUGCAGAAAGCUUAAGGAGAGCUGAAAAUAUCAAAUUAGAAGCAGGAGUUGCAGUAAGGUGUUUUUUUGUUUGUUUUUUUUUUCUUUUCAGUGAAAAAAGUUUGUUGUAUUGUGGUACUUUGAGAGUCACUCUUCAGAGUGGAAAAAGCAGGAACACAAAUCUUGUACAAAGAAUGUGCAAGUGUUUAGAAAUUAGUAUUUGGGAGUAAGUAUGAGGACAAAAAGGUAAUAAGAGAAAUGAAAAGGCUUUAAUUCAAUGGUACUUAACUUUGUGUGGUACCUGCUGUCGUAACAUUUGAGUGGGCAUAUUAACUUGUCAUGGGAAGUGUUUUGUUUUUCAUGUUUUCUUUCUUAAGACUGAAAAGUAGGAUUGAUCCCUGCUGUACCAAAUCACUAAGAAGCAGCUUUCUUCAAAAGUAAUUUUAAAGUGAAUAUGGCAUUUCAAUUCAUUUUUUUUUUUUUUGACUUUUCUAUGUAAUGCGUACCAAUAUAAAACAAAGGAAAACGUCUCCUUCGAAAGAAAGCUCCUUCUCCAAAUUGAACCACUUCUAGAUUCCUUAUGGUGCCUACUUGCAAGCAGCAGCACAUUUAGAAAACGCUUUCAUUUUGAGAGGGAGAGUGUCUCGCUGCAGGGUGACCUGAUAUAGAAACAUAAGGUUUAGAAAAGUAACGCUUAGAGUAUGGUGGCCUUUGGAAAUUCGAUUUUGAAUGUUAAUUAGAAGGAUAAUUAAUUAGAGUGAUAGCACUGGAAGAGACCACUAAGCACUAAUUAGCAGGCUUGAGUAUAUUAUUCUUUCCACGCGCAACAACAUUCGGUUGUGACCAUUGCUUGUUACACUAAACACGAUCCCACCUUCUGCUCGCUCUGUCCACCUUGCCUGUAAUGUACACAUGCUUAGAAGCUGUUUGAUAAAGAAAUGAGAUUCUUGGUGACAGUGCUUCUCACGAAGGGGCUUUGAUUUUUGACUGUGGAGUCUGAUAGGUACUCUACUACAAAUAGUAAGUUAGGCGUGAAAUUAGUGAAGAGUAGGGUAGGGAAGGGUAAAAUAAGCAGAGAGGACAGACCUUUAUAAAGGUUGUUUUCCUUCAAUGGAUUCAAAUAACUAUUUUUAAAUAUAGUUGAGAUACCUCUAGAUGCUGAUUUGGCUUUUUUCUUCCUAAGAAAGCCUAGCAGAUUUUAAAAUGUCACUGGAUACAGGGUGAAGCUUUCAUCCAAAAUCCUCUAAUUAUAAGGGAAUUGCUCUGUUUUUGAAAGAGAAUAUAUUGAUUAGAAAUUUUGAAAUCCCUCUGAGGCCUCCGUGUCCUUAUUGAUGGAUUGUGUUUGCAAUUCUUGGACAGCAAGAAAAUAAGCAUUUAUAGCUGCCUUAAUCUGAUGGAACCUCCCCAGGCUGGGUUAAACGUUGCCAAAGGUUGUGUUUGGCACUGAGUUUUCCAGUCUUUAGCACAAGAAUUAGAGAAUAACUGGAGUAUUGUGCACAUCAGCACACUGAUGGUAGCUCUGAAGCUGGCUUGGGGCUCCAUAUCCUGGAUAUGGAUAUAUAUGGAUAUGGAUAUAUCCUUUUCUUCCUUUUCGAGGAAGAAAAGCUCUUCACCUGUCUCCAUGUACUCAAUGACUAUUGUGAAGUGGAAAUAGCCAACAGCAUGGCCCAUCUGACACCAAAUCCCUUAAAUUCGUCUACCUUCUUUUGCCAAAUUGUGGAUGAUAUUCCUACUGUGAGUGUCAGUGCCCAGUUUUCCUCUGAAAAGAGCUGUUCUUGUCACUAGCCUAUGUCCUGUACUCCUUCCCACAGCUGCUGUGUGCUAUUUAGCACCUGGAUCCUGAGAAGUCUUAGCCCAGCUGUGAAGAGGAGUUAGUGGAUAAGGAUGAUGGAAACACAGCUGUCUUCGUGAUUACCCAGGUCAUGGUUAGGAAUCUGUGCUGUGGACAUUACUCCACUUACCUGUAAGUAAAUACUGCUGUAAGCUGCAGGGGGAGGAAAGAGGCAGGGCUCCUCCUAAAUCUUUUUAAUUAUCCUUACUUUCCUGUCCCUCUAAUGCACCAGACAUUUAAAAACCCCUUUAAAGAGAAGUAAAUUGUAAAUUAUUCUCCUUUUGUGGAAUAGACUCUGAUUUCUAACCUUUUCUUUUUGGGGGGUGGUGCUGGAGGUUUGCACUGUGCUGCUCUCUAGGGGCAGAACUGGAACUUAUACCUGGUAGCUUUUUACCAGCAUUUAAAUUACAUUUUGUGACCCCUUGGUUUACCACACUGAUCUGUAGCAGGUGUAUUUUAUUUUUUUAACUUCUCCACACGGUUUCCCCAGAGAAGAGCAUUCAGUAGUAGCUUUAGGGGAAGGGAACAUAUUUCACAGAGCGAAUUAGAAAAGGUCUAAUAUCACUCUUUUCUACAGAUGCCGAUUCUAAAAGUGCUAAUAUUUUAUACAAGGUAUAACUGGUCCAGAGCUUUAAAUUUAUGGUAGGAGUAGAAACAUUGAAAUAUUAUGGUUGUUUUGGUGCUUCACAGAAUUGUGCAUGUGCUGCACACCCUGCAUGAACUGGCAUCCUGCAUCUCAGCCCUGAUGCCACGGUGUGAAGAACAGUGGAGCUGUACGAUGAGGCAGAGGCGACCUCCAAUGCUUCAGGAUAGAAGAGUGGAGAGUUUGUUAGUAAGGCUGAAGGAGAAGGACGGGUUGAUGGUUACGUCAAACUUCCCGUUCGUGCAUGACUUUGGCUCUGCCACAUGUAAAUCACAUGAAAAUGCUACUUGAUAUGAAAAGGUGCAGAAUCUGACUUGAACAAGACUUUAACUUUUAUACAGGUCCUAGCUGGGUAAGGGAUGAUGUGGGCAGAAGGUCAGUUUCAUGCCUUGAGAUAUGUACUCCCAGGGAACUUCAAGGCUUGAGCUAGAGGCUUGAUCGUGCCCUUAAAUUUAGAAAAAAAAAAAAAAAAAAAAACAUAUCAGGACCAUCCACACAGCAGCAACAGUUGGCUGCCGCACACGUACCUGCUCACUGGCCAUUUUGCAAACUGCUUGGCUGUGGCAGUUCAAGUCUCAGAAGGUGGGAGCUCUCAGUCUUAACAGCUUUCUUUGUCCAUUGUCUCUUUCCCCUAAUUAAAAUUUCAUUAUCAUUAUUUCUGUAAUAGUGUGAUAAUGCCUAAUGCAGUCCUUCCACAGCCUGCCCAGCUCAGAUAGGGAUCUAACUGGAAGCCUGUUGAUGGCUGUAAAGAAAAUCUUAAUUUCCUGAGUACAAAAAUUAAUCAAAAGAAAAUCAUUUAUAUUUAUUUACCAUAUGCCAACUUUUCAUCGCUUCUUUUUUUUUUUUUUUCCUUUCUAGCUAUUUCUGUGCAAUUUAUAUGUCUGAUUUUUUUGCAGAUACAGAAUAAGAUCUAGGUAAACUUCCCUUUUCUUCACCUUCUGUUAGUAUGAAAAAAAUCAAUUGGGUCACUCUUUCAAUUUCACAUUGAGUUUGGUAAAGCUAUUUAUGUUUGUACUCUGUAAUUUAACUUCUCUAAUUUGGGCUCAGAUAGUGAGGUAAAAUCAGUGUAAUUUUGAAAUGUUAAGGAUGACUUGUGCAGCUCGUGGAGUCGAUAGAUGUGAAAAAGCAGACUGAACAGGUAUUACGUUCUUUGAAAAUCUGUGAUUGCAAUGGCAAUAGCAAAGAAUCUGCUGUAAGGAAAAGGGCAGAUUUUUAUCUUGGAUUGCUAAAUAAUUUGAAUUGUACUAAUUUCUAACUUGCUUCCAUGUUUCUCACUGAAGUAGGGAUGUUCUCUCACUGAUGUGAGGUUGGAGCAUAUGUAGAGCUUCACCACCCAUGUUUGUAGAAAGGCUGCUUCUCAGAAUAGGCUAAUUUUGAUCUGCAUUUAGAGUGUAUUUAGGAACGUCCUUACAAGAUUGAAACUUUCUAUGGCACUUUUAAGAAACAUUUUCAAAAGUACUCAACAGCUGCAAUUGUUUUAUGGCUUAAAUGCCUACUCAUGGCAGUGAACGUUUCGUGGCAACUAGCAAUUUCAGAGCAUUACUGAAUUUAUCCUAGAAUGGCUUGGGUGGAAGGGAUCUUAAGGAGCAUCUGGCUCCAACCCCCUGCCAUGGUCAGGGACACCUCCCACUACAUCAGAGGGACUAGAAUUUAGUCUCACAGAUCUCUCUUAAGCUUCACACCUUUUGGUUCAAUUUCAUGAGAUGGUAAUAGUAGAGGACUAACCAAAGGAAAAAAUCACCUAUAUUCUGUGCAAAGGAGUAAAAACAUCCUUGCUGAUUUUUCACAAAAGUGAUCUGCAAAGUUUGUAUUAAUGAAAAAUAUACUUCCCAGAAUUAAUAUUUAGGCAGAGUAAAUUUGUUAAAUUUGUUAGUGUGUAAGUGUGCAAAUCUGAAAAGUAUAGAAGGCACUUUAAAAACUAAUGGAUAGGCUGUACUUUCCAACAACAACAAAAAAAAAGACAAUCUUACAUGUUCCCUUACUCGUAGGUGAUAUUUUCUUCUGUAUUAUUGUCCAAAAAUAUAUGCAAACCUGACAUGUUGCCUACUAGGGUAUUAUAUUUUCAGUUUUUAUGUACUAACUUCUGUUGACUUCUUUGGUACAAAAAUCAACCUCACAUUAUUUUCUUUUUUAUAAAUACGAUGGAAAAAAAAAAAAAGCAGUUCAAGAAGUAAGGGAAAUGUUGUCAUAUAGAGUAUUAGGAUAAUUGGAGAGAAGACACAGAUGUCAUGUUUAAAAUCUAGCAGGAGAAAGGCUUAUUGUUUAAACACAAAAUAUUACAUCUGCUUCAGAGAUAUUCGGAAAGCAAUGAUUUGUUUUUUCAGUUUUUCAUAGCUGGUGAUAUGAAACCAGUGAUAAAAAUCAAAUUGAAAAAACUACCGCAAUAAUUUUCUCUUAAACUGGAAGUAUCACUCAAAUCUUGACACAAAAAGUCUAAGAUGAAAUUCCAAACCUAUUAACUUCAUUGGGAAAAUGGGACCGUGAUACUUCUGCGUGAUGCCCCCAGCCUUCAUUUAGGGAGAUAAAUUUUGUUAACAUAUUUGAAGCGUGGUGAGUUCUGUUUAGGUUAAGACAGAUGCCUGGUAUGUCUUGGUAUUUCUGAUUAAUAUAUCCCGAGGUCUGGUUUGCCUUAACCUCUUUGCAAGUAAGCAGACUGUCAUAAGUGCAUUAACUCUUGCCACUUGGUGUUGUGUUACGUAAAGUGAAGCUGAAAUGUCAGCUGUACCUUUUGAUUUUGUUCAGUGUUCUCAAGGGUAAACUUCAAUCUAACAUACAUAGAUAAAACACACAAAUAAGCACUUUGUAAGUAUAGUGUUAGCUGGUAUUCUGCCUUUUUGUAGGCUCAGUUCUGUCUGCCAACACCCAGCAUCCAUUUGAAGAUGGUGAGCUUUUGGUUGGGUGGGAGUGCAGAGCUGGGGCUUUGUAGUCCAGAAGUAAUCAUCAAACUUAUUUAUAUUCAUGCAGUAGUCUUUUUGAAAAAAUAACGCUGGAUGAAUAGAUAAUGAAAUUGUGGUGACCUAUGGGACUAUUUUACAAUCAAUGCAUGCCCUAAAAUACUGCUUUGUAACAUCUGUUUUAUACUAAAUGUUGGUGUUAAAGUGAGCCUUCUUAGCCAUUUGACAGUGACAUACAACGAUAUUUAUAAACCUGUUAUAAUAAAUGCUUUUUUUAGUCUAA